CAAAUUCAUUAUUGAUACCUCAACUCCAUCUUCCGACGGCAGCGCGCUUUUGCAAAGCGUUCUCAUCAUUGUUCGGUACGACAGCGAAACUUGCGAGAAUCAAGAUGCGCCGAACUGAGGGAAGGAUCAUUUGGAAAUCGAACGUCAGGCCUCUAGCCCCCCCCCCUUUGCCCUUCCUCCCGGCCGAAAUCCUUUUCCAGAUAUUUGAAUAUCUGGCGCCCAGCAAUACUCUCCCGCAAUCUCCCGUUCACACCUGCCACGGAGUGACCCUGGAGAGAUCCCCUUCCUCCAACGACUACACCUGUACGACAUGCCAGACCGGCUACCUUCUCUCUGUCAGCCUUGUAUCUCGUCACUGGUACAAGACCGCCCGUCCACUUCUAUACCGCGUGGUUCGAAUAGGGUAUAGUAUGUUCACGCCAGGUGAUGAGGACAAUCUACUUCGAUUGCGUGAACAAAAAGUUCCAGUGGAGUAAAGACGACAGGUUUUUCUUCAACGUCUUCGACCGCGAGAGGCCCGAACGCAGCAAGAUUGGUGCAUGCCACGCAGGACUUAUAAAAAUGCACGAGAAGACAAAAAUAGAAAAACUGAAUGCGCGGUUGAAGACACUUCGGUUGUUCCGACGAACGAUAACUCGGGGUCCGGAAAUCAGAAAGAUGGUAGUCUGCUGGGAGUUGGGCGCCCUCUUUCCGAUGCCGAUGCCGGGUUGGCGCGGGCGAGCGGCGUUGUCGAAGAGGGGCCUAAAAUAUCGUUACCCGUUGGCCGAUACGCUGGAGAAGAUUGGGAAGCUGGUAGAGGAGACUAUACCUUAUCUGACUUCGCUACGGUGGAUUGACUUCCAUCUCGAUCCAGAAGUAGUCGGAGCGUCCGCGGAGGCCCUGAGCUAUAUUGUGAAGAAAUCAAUUACGAGAAUGACCUGGAAGCCGCGGCUGGAAGGCUGCAAAUGCAAUCACGUACGGAUCAAACUCCCAAUCGGCAGAACGGGAUACAACGACAUUCCCACGCAGAGUUAUGGGUUAUCUGAAAAGUCCCCUAGCCUCGAAAUAUACAGCGACUUUGACCUGCCAUUUUACAGCCCUGCGAUAUUCAAAGCACUCGCAACAGAGACCUGUGAAGUGGAAAUCAGCCGCCCGACUCGGCCUUCGCUUAGAAGAGAUUCACCAACCGUGGACGCCAUUGAUUUUCCCAUGACAACAGCGAUGCGCUUUAUUGGCGCAGGAGCGCCGACAAUAUCGCAGAUUAUCCGACGGGAAGCGAGGCGAGCUGCCACAGGAACAGGAAUGCUGACCGCAAUCACGGUGGGAGAUAGAGAUAUCCGGUUCGUGGAUCUCAGGAACUUGCUUGCCCACUCCAAGAAUCUGAAAUAUCUGCGCUUGGAAAAUGUUGAUGUUUCGGCCCCUACGAGAGGGGAUAUAGAAACCUCACCGAGAGCGACAGUGUUGAAGUCUGCUACAUUGAAGUCAGUCUUUUGGGAUAUCAUCCUGAGAGGUGAGGAGGAUACACGCACCGAGACUGUUACUUACUAUCUCGUCAAAUCGACUUCUGAGGCCUGCUUUCCGGUUCUUGAGAGUCUUUCGGGGCCUGCGAAAAAACCAUACACAGAGUGGUGGUUGAGCGAGCUCAGGCGUGUACACCCUCAGAAGGAUAUUGAGAUGAGAUCCUCCGAGAAUGAAGUAGAGAUGGUGUUACGACCUUCCACAAAAGCUGCAGAUGAGGUGGGUGAGCAAACGAGACGGAGGAGAUUCCCAGCGCGCGUGCUGACUUUCAUUCUAGCACGUCGUACUCACCAGGCGCACCUCGUGGGCCCGAACCAAUAG